CCUCCCGUGAUGUGAUGAUAUAACAUGGUGUUGAGAGAGAAAGUGUCUUAGUGAUCUAUUUGAAGAUAAAAAUUAACAUGUCUCCCCUUAUUCACGUACCGUAACAAAGAAAUUGUGUCUUCAAAUAUUCAGACAGUGUAUCAUUUUUUCUUCCGUGUCUCCUCACCCCUCAAAAAUGUUCCUGUUCAGGAGCACCCAACAUUGUGCAAGAUACUUGUCCUCUACUGCUCAUCUAAAGCAUGCAGCAAAGAUGGGAACCAAAGUUGAAAGUCCCAUGGGAGAACUGGCAGGCAAGCCUCUUUAUCUAGAUGCACAAGCUACCACUCCACUCGAUCCAAGAGUGUUAGAUGCCAUGUUACCUUUUAUGACCUCCGCAUAUGGGAAUCCUCAUUCACGUACCCAUGCUUACGGCUGGGAAAGUGAAAAAGCUGUCGAAAAUGCUCGUGAGGAAGUAGCAUCUUUAAUCGGUUGUGAUCCAAAAGAGAUCAUAUUCACCUCUGGAGCAACUGAGUCAAACAAUAUUGCAGUGAAAGGUGUAGCAAGGUUCUAUGCCAGUAAAAAGAAACACAUCAUUACAACACAAACAGAGCACAAAUGCGUAUUGGAUUCUUGCAGAGUUUUAGAAGGUGAAGGAUUUUCCAUCACCUAUCUACCGGUCGGUACAAAUGGAAUAAUUGAUUUGGAAGAGUUGGAAAAAGCAAUAACGCCACAGACAUCUCUAGUCUCUAUCAUGACUGUCAACAAUGAAAUAGGAGUGAAACAACCUAUCUUAGAAAUUGGAGCUAUUUGUAAAGCAAAAAAAGUGUUUUUUCACACUGAUGCAGCUCAAGCAAUUGGCAAACUUGAAAUUGACGUCAGUCAGCAAAAUAUUGACCUAAUGUCAAUCAGUGGCCAUAAAGUCUAUGGUCCUAAAGGGAUUGGAGCAUUAUAUGUAAGGCGUAGACCCAGAGUGAGGGUUGAGCCAAUUCAGAGUGGAGGUGGGCAGGAGAGAGGUAUGCGUAGUGGGACAGUACCAACACCUCUAGUCGUAGGUUUGGGAGAGGCCUGCCGAAUAGCAAAGAAAGAAAUGAAGUAUGAUCAUGCUUGGAUGGAAAAAUUGUCCCAACGUUUACUCGAUAGAAUAUUCUCAUCAUUAACACAUGUUGUGAGGAAUGGUGAUCCAGUACAUUCUUAUCCAGGGUGUGUGAAUUUAUCAUUCGCAUAUGUCGAAGGAGAGUCCUUGCUGAUGGCAUUGAAAGAUGUCGCGCUUUCCAGUGGAAGUGCCUGCACAUCUGCAUCCUUAGAACCAUCCUAUGUUUUACGUGCGAUCGGUGCAGAUGAGGACCUAGCACACUCAUCUAUCAGGUUUGGGUUUGGAAGAUUUACAACACUAGAAGAGGUUGAUUACACUGCAGAGCGUUGCAUUAAGGAUGUAGAGCGAUUGCGUAACAUGAGUCCUUUGUGGGAAAUGGUUCAAGAAGGUAUUGAUCUUAAGUCUAUUAAAUGGACUCAACACUGAUUAUCUUCGAAUCAUUUGUUCUGUGUCUUUGACUGUUACCUCCUGGUGAAUAUGAUGUAAUGGGGGACAUUGUUAUGAGCGCCCCCCUUUUUUUUAUUAGUUCCUUGAAAUCACUCUUCAAAAUGACAAGCUUAGAAUUUAUUUGUUUCACAUUCUGUCACGAUUUUUUUUUACGGACGGAAAAGAGUCUUAAAUAUAAGCUUUGCAAUCAUGUAAUCAUCUUCAUGAUGUGUUGGUAUAAAGGGGUAUUUGCACGACGAAUCAUUUUAUUUUCAUCCUUGCUCAAAUCUCCGUUCAAAGCACUUCAUCGCCGAACAAAGUUUAUCAAAACCGAAAGGAAGAUGAAAAAUUUUUAUUUUGGACUGAUCUCAGUGAAUUUUCAAUGGAGAUUAAAGGAUAAAUAUGAAUUAGCCCCAAUUUGCUGCAGGUAAAAGCCAGUUUUUUGUUUUUUCCAGUGGCAUAUUGGUUGGUCAAAUUCGAUAUAAACACAAAGUCAUUGUCAUUUUAAAAUUUUCCAUCAUAUUUAUUUUCUCAAAGAAAAACCGUCAAGCAUACUUGUCCAAAAAUUUUUAAGGUCAUUUUGAGUGAAUUAAGGAAAGUCUCAUUUUUUUUCUAUAGUGAGAAUAGCGAGUUACUUAGUAAAGAAAAAUAUGAUGAUAGGUAAACAAAAUGCCAGAAAGAUUUUGCAAUUUUUGAACCCGGAAGUCGUUGGUAUUCAAUUUAACAGUAAUCUAAAAAAAAAAAAAAUUCAACCUUUUAGACCCUUGAUUUGCUGCUUAUUACACAAUAAAAAAAGAGAGAAACUAUGAUCCUCUGUGUGUAUAAUUUUAAGUACAGAAAGUUCUCAAUGUGAUACUAGAGUGAUAAGAUUGUACAGUUCUAAAUUUUAAUUCGAUUUCACUGAUAUUUUUGUUUAAUUUGUACUUGCCUUAAAAAAGACUCAUGUAAGAACAGCUCUAAAUUUAGUGUUUCUGAAUCAUCUGAUGCUCUUAACUGAAAUGUUUCCUUGUGUUUGGGCAAUUUUCUACCCUGAUCAUAAGUUUAUUUACAUUUUCUCAAGUAUGUAGACUGACUGAUUUCCUGUUACUUCGUCAGGGAAUGAGACUUAAAAGCUAAAGAGUUUUUGAUUCGGUGCUUUAGAACCACCUAUUGUUUUUAAAUUCAUAAAUCCUCCUUUCCAACAACGUCCAGUCUCUUAUUACGGGCAAUUCGGUUUUAUUGUGACAUUUUGGUGACAGAGUCAGACUGACCUAGCUUACUGAAAUGAUAGGCAUUUUGUUCCUCCACUUGCGUAGUGUAUUACCAUCUUUUAUUCGUUUUGAAGAUUUGAAAUUCCUUAUUACAUAAUUUUUUUUCUUCACUUCAGAAUUUAAUUAUUUGAUCUUGCAUGUCAAAAUAAACCCUGUAAAAACGUGUAAGAGCAAAUUAUAGGUACAUCUUUAUUUUACCCAGUCAGUCUGUAACCUGGACUUAGUUUCUCUCAACUUGAGAAGUUAUAACAAAAAUCAAAGCGUUUAAAGAGCUCUCUUAAAGCUUUUUACUCAUUUCAUGGCCAUUCAAUUACAGGCAGACAACAUUCGAGGUAUAAAAAUUUGUAAUUAGAAUCAGUAUGAUGUAUACAUUUAUUGAACUCCCUUAUUGGUUACUGUUUAACCUAGGGUAUUGUUUCAGCCUUAGAUUUGGUCAUCAAACAAAUGAGCCAUUGAAACCGAAAUUCAAAUCUAUUCAUUUCUCUUAAGUUAUGAUAAAAUGGUCUUUAACAGAAGUUUCUUAGAAUUGAAAUUCCUUUUGUUGGCCAGCAGAAAUAUAUAUCGAUAUGUAGCAGAACUAAUGCUCGAACCGUAUGCAUCAUCUUGGAGUAUUUGAUGUGCAGAUAUUGACUGACCAUUCUAUGAUUAGGAACUCUUAUUCUUUUCCAUGUGCCCAAUUAUUAUCACUGAUACAUUUUGAUAAACUUGGAUUGAAGCAUAGGACUUUCUAAGCAUAACAUUGCUUUUAGCCUUGCAAAAUUUAUUUCAGACCAAUUUCAACACAGCUGAAACAAAUCGAUCAAUAUAACUUCACAAAGUCUGGCAAAGAAGUUCAGUCAAAGUUUGACAUUGGAGAUAGAGUACUAGCUUUCCAAGUUAUUAGUAUUUUAGAUCUCUCUCUAGUGUGAUCCAACUUAAAAUUCCAAAAUUAUUCAUAUGAUUGUACUAAUUAAAAGAUUUUUGACUGUAAGUAACUUAUAUUGCUCUGUCUCCUGAUGUAUUUUUCUGUGACAAGCCUGGCCACAACUCUUGAAUAUUACUACAAAUAGGGCUACAAAACUGCUCGCUUUAUGUGGAGAUGUAAGGUUCUUGAACUUAAAUAUUUUGAAUAUGAUCAUAAAUUAUUUUCAUGAAUGAAAUGUAAACUUUUUUUAAAUCAGCUAGUCCAAAUUUGUUAUUGGUUGAUUGUAUCAUAGGCGUUUCUAUUGUAAAUUAUUACGUGUGUAAUAAGUCGUUCCUGUUUCAAUUCAAAAUAAAUACCAACUGUUCUCUUUUUCAUUUACAGACUCACUUCUUUUUCGAGUGCUCAAUUGCUUAAUAUACGUUCUUUUCUUGCAUCAUCUGAAGCUUUGAUAAAAGUUGCUUUAGGAGACAGAAUAAAGAAGCCUUUCUUCAAAAUGAAAACCAUUGUAUUCAUCCUUCAAUUUGAAUAAUUUAAAAUCACACAUAGUAAAAUGACAAUAUAUUCACAACAGAUAGAAAACAAAAAAAUUGAACAAAUUGGAUGAUUUGAUCAGCUCACAUACUUCACUUUAAAACAAUUCAAGUGAACUAAUUGAGGUGAUUCCAGGUAUUUAUUAUUUCUGAAUGUGUUAACUUGGUUGGAAUUAAUUAUGAAAAGUACUGACAUUUUUUGGGAUUACUUUUUCAAAUAUAUGCUUUUGGAAAAUACACUAUAAAGACAGAUUUAGAGUAAAGAAAAUAUUACCUUGAAAAAUUGAUUACCACAUAUUCAGUUUUCUUAUAUGAAAAUGGCAAUGUAAUUGUAGCUAAAGUGAUGUCGUUAAUGGACACUAUCAAUUAAACAGUGAAACUUUAAUCUCCAGACACUUUUGUUGUAUUUUGGUACUUGGAUCUCAAAUUGGUCAGUGCAAGCUGGAGAUUUAAGUGAGUGCCUUUCUGUAAUACAUUAUUUUUAUUUCAUUUAUUUUUUUAA